CAUACGUGCUGGGAAAACGGUGGCCAUCGAUAAAUGAAAGGCAUUGCAGACCGAUGUUUCAAUUGAUAAGUGCUAUCUGUUAGGCGCGGCUCAUCUGGAAACAUGUAAUCGAAUAAACCCUGAUAGGCAGCUUGUGGAUUGGAAUCUGCAACGCAAUCUUGACAGAGAUUUGAUCUGACCAGGACGAAGACUAACCAAUAGAGCUCUGCCUACCAGCAGUACAAAGAUGACGACAUCAAAUCCAGUCUACCAGUCAGAACACAUCUCCCGCAAAACUUUAGAAGCUGUCUCACGUGGCAGAAAGAGGAAGCUGAGUGAGAGUAGCGAGGAUGAUAUAACUGAGAUGAACGAAGCUUUGAUGCGAGCUGCCAUCACUGACCACGGACGGCAUCCCUACAGAUACGGCAUUGCUUCCGUCAACUUCAAGGGAGACACAAGAGGCACCGGCAAUGCUGCUUUGUGUAAACUUCUGCUCGGUCAACUUCAAGAACAGUCACGCGUAUCAGUCGUUUUUGUGCAAGAGUGUCCUUGGGCUGAUCCAGUCAGUCAGCUUCAGCUGGGGGAAACGUUUUGCUACACAGGAGUAGUCAAUGAAGCAGGGAUAAUCUGGAACAGCGAUCUGUUUGAGCUAAAACGGUUAGACUCGUACAAGCUGAUUGGAGACAAGUACCCAAAUCUCAUCCAACAUCGAGGACGAAUAUGCAUAUCUGAGAUGUCAAUCAAAGAUCAGCCUACUGGACAUGUAGCAAGUAGCAGCAUCGCAAUGGAGACGGAGCCGUCUGUCAAAGACUUCAUCGCCAUCUCAUGGCACGGACCGCACAAGUGUACUGAUGCACAGAAACAUUUGAUAUUUCGUGACCUUCUUGCAUUUUUCAAGACACUUACAGACGGGCAGAAAGCAGGUGUCAUAGGUGGAGAUUUCAACUUCAGUCUUGACCAGGCAUGCGACAACAUCGACAUCAAUUACCCUGGGCUGGCGAUCCCUACUUCAUACGGAUGCGAAACAAACGCCUUUUUCAUCUUCACCUCUGAUUUGAUCAACAUUCUGCAUGCCCAGCAACUGUCCUUAGACUAUGACGCUGUAAGUGUGUACACAACACAGGACAGAUACAGGGCCAGCACAGAGACGUGUACAACUCUCUCAUCUUACCAAGUCAUUGAUCACAGUUCAGUCUUCGGGGUUCUAGAUCUGGGAAGUCCCAAUCCAUUUUCCUCGCCAUCCAAGAUCAGACAUAGGUAAAAUGCAUCAAAUGACUCCUUUGAUAUCAG